UGGAAGGUACAGUAGGGUAUGGAAGGGACGGGUUGAGCUGCUGCUGCUAUAUAAGAGACCAUCCUUCUCGUCGUUCCUCUCCACUGGCUGCAUACCUUUGAGAGAACAUAUCCGUAUGCAGGCGCAACUUCAAAUAUAUAAUACAUAGGCUGUAACUUCGUCCCAUACGCUUGAAACCAAACGAGACUUGCCAACAGAGAACACCCGUCCACUUCCAAACCAAAAUCGCAACCAUGCUCGCUGAGAAACAAGCAGCCAAAACCGCCGCAGCGCUCAACAAGCUGACAAAGUCCCUAACGACGAACGGUGUCAUGCCCGAUGUCAUCCCAGAUAGCGCCAACUUCAAGCCCUCCUACGAGCUCGGCGUCAAGUUCCCAUCAGGGAAGAAGGCCGCGCUCGGGAAAGAGCUCCCGGCUGCUGCGUGUCUGUCUGCACCAUCGGUAACGUGGCCUGCCGACCCCGAGAGCUUCUACACCGUUAUUAUGGUCGACCCCGACGCACCAAGCCGUGACAAGCCAACUCAGGGCGAAUGGAGACACUGGGUCGUCGGAAACAUUCCCGGUGCAGAAGUCGAGAAAGGAGAGGAUUUGCAAGACUACCAAGAGCCUACGCCCCCACCAGGCACCGGACUUCACCGUUACGUCUUCCUGCUGUAUAAGCAAAAGUCCAAACUGGAACUCAGCGUCUUCGAAGGCAAACGCAACGGUUGGAAUGCGCACCGCUGGGCAAAGCAAAAAGGCAUGACGUUGGAAGGCGCCAACUUCUUCCAGUGCCAGGAGAAAUAAAGCUCCCGCUGUGAGCCGACUAGCGGCGGGGCACAUUGCGUCCCAUUCUAGCACUUUCUUACCUCCGCUGUGGGGUAAAAACUGUACAAAACAAUGGCAUCCACUUGCAACGCAAAUGUAUACCAUGGCCCUUUUUUUCGUUUGAAAUAACAACAAACCGAAUGCUUGAUGAACAAACUUGCUUACUCCCAUUCGCCUCUGGACUUUCGGAAUGAUCCUCGUUAGCCCGAUGCUGUAGAAAGGUGUGGGGCCGAGCGCAUGUCGGAA